AGCGUAAAUAGUGAUUCUCCGAACGCGGCUUUAGACGUACGACUCAAACGUGCGACGUACGACCACGUACGACGCAACGUACGAAAAAAGGGUGCGAAUAGCCACAGCGAAUAAUAAUUUGAACUCGAUCAACGAGAAACUGUUAAGGAUUUGGAGUUCGAUUGAAAAAAGUAUAUCGAAUUUGAAAGCAAAAUGGGUGUAAUUUUUUUAGAACAUAUGGGAGGUACGAGGUUAUUUUCUUGUCAUGCUUGUGACACGUACCUGACAAAUCGUGGACAUCUGAUAAGCACGAGAUUCACCGGAGCCACGGGCCGCGCAUUCUUAUUUAACAAAGUUGUCAACCUUAAUUACAGUGAAGUCCAAGAUAGAGUUAUGUUAACCGGACGUCAUAUGGUACGAGACGUCAGUUGCAAAAAUUGUGAUGCGAAGCUUGGCUGGGUGUAUGAGUUUGCAACAGACGAUAAUCAGCGCUACAAGGAAGGACGAGUUAUUUUGGAGCGUGCUCUGGUCACUGAGAGCGACGGGAUGGGAGAAAAUAUAUGAAAAUUAGGAAAAUGAGGCAAAUAAAAAAAACCUAUGGAAUUCGAUUCUUCAACCAAGGAUCGUUAUAAAUAUUUUUAUCAUGUAGUUUUAAAUCGCCACUGCAUUAAAAAAUAGUGGGUUUUGAAAAUAUAACACAAUUCAUGCCAAAAAACCAAAACUGUUAUGGCGGUCAAUAAGAAAAUAACUAAUAGUAAGUUCUUCUGUCGCAGAUGACAACAAAAGUCUGCGGCAAUGUAUUUAUUCGCUCACCGCACAAUGUCGUGAAACGAUCGCGUUAUUUUAAUAUUUUUUCAAUAAACACGUGUUUCCGUG